AUGCUGAAUGCACAUGAGGAUCCUGAUGCUGAUCUUACAAUAUCAUAUAUAUUAGAAAAAUGUCAACAAAUACUAUCUCAAAAUUUUAGUACACAUCCACCAUGUCAUAUGAAAACAAUUAGAAAAUGCUAUAAUAAUUUCUUAACAUCUGCAAUGGAUUUAAAAACUAACACUUUUACAAACAGAUCUCAAUUUGGUUGUGAAAAUGGCAUUGUUAAAUAUUGCAUGAAUAGAUUAGAAUAUGAAAUCAGCUCAGAGAGCAAAGAUGAACCUUUAGUUGAUAAGUAUGAGAAUAUUCCAGAAGAAAUGUUACAAGGUGUCACAGGCUUACAUUGGCAAAAAGAAAAAUUUGAAAUAUUUGAAGCAUUAGAUAGAAAUAACAGAAUUAAGAGGCUAAUGUAUGUUCUUGAGAGUCUUAUAGAACUGUUACAGUUUGACUUGGCCAUAUGGCUAUCUCGAUAUAGUUGUAAUUCAGGUUCACAAAUAAUGAGGUCACAACGACCACUCAUGGCUUUUAUCCUGUGGUCUGACAAUAUACUGUACACUGGAGCUGUGAAUAAUAAUUGUAGACAAAUUCUUAGAAUAUUUGCAUACCUAGUACAUCUUCAAUAUCCAGAAGAGCACAUAAGGAUUAUGACUAUUUGGAUUAAUACCAUAGUGCAAACUUUUUAUAUAUGUGAAAAUAAUUCUAAUAGUGACUACCCAAAUACAGGAAAAUAUUGUGGUGCUUUCGCAAAAGAAUUUGACAAAAUUAUUAAAGAUUUACCUCAAGAAUCUAUUUAUAGAAUAUUAGAAAGGAUACAACCAACUUACAUGCAGUAUCUCAUGGGAAUUUUGCAUUUAAAAUCAGUAAUACCUACAGUGGAAGAUGAUAUAAUUAAAAUUAAC